GUUUGCAUUUUGACCUGUUUCGGUCUCUUUGGUUUUCAUAUUAAUUAAUAUUAACUAUAAAGUUAGUUAUACGUAACAAUUUAUUACGAUACUAUUAAAUACUUAUGUGGGAACUAGUGAUAAAAAUAUGCUAGGCAUAAAGCUUUGAUAUUGAGUUACAUUUUUAAUAACAUUUUAUUUACAAUGGAUGAGAAAGAAGAGUUACAUCUAACCUCUCAAGAAUUACAAGUUCUGUCCGAGCUUGACAGUCGACAAUUUGGAUUCUUGAAGUUGAAGGGAACAGAACAUGGGAGGACCCGUGCACUCAUUCUCAAGGCGGUUAAAUAUUUGGAAGGAAUGCUUGUUCAAAUCAAGGAGGAGGAAAGGGCUUGUUCACCUGGUGCUAGAAGAGACAUAUGCAUAGAUCCUAAGACAUAUUGCAAAUUGGGACAUUUUCACCUAUUACUAGAGGACUAUGCCAAAGCUAUGUCAGCAUAUCAAAAAUUCUACGCACUGGAACAGGACAACUGGAAGGAUCCCCUGUUUUUGUAUGGACUUGGACUCUGCUAUUAUCACUACAAUGCUUUUGAGUGGGCAACAAAGGCGUUGCAGAUGGCACUAUACGUGUCGCCGGGGUUCUCUCGAGCGGCAGACGCGCAUUUGCGGUUGGCAUUGAUGUUCAAAGCACGAAGGCAUUGGGCGGCUGCCGCAGUGCACUUCAGACGGGCGCGGCUGGCUCCGCACCAGGACGCAACCUUCACACGCUUGGAGCUCACCUUCCAUGCUGCUCACUUGCUCGAAGCCAAGGGACUUAGGAAACAGGCCAGGGACGCAUAUGAAAGACAACUUAAAGAGCCUCAGCUUUCUUCUACCUUGAAAGCAGAUGUUUGCAGGCAAUUAGGGUGGCUGUACCAUCGGUGCGUCUCGUUGGGAGAGACUGGGGCGCGCGCUCGCGCCGCAAUUUGGUGUUUGCAGCGCGCAGUCGCCGCGGAGCCCGACUCCGGCGCUGGCUUAUACCUCCUGGGCAGGUGUUAUGCGGCCCAGGGAAAGGUCCACGACGCAUUCAUUGUAUAUAGAAACUCCGUCGAGAAAUCGGAGGGGAACGCGGACACUUGGUGCUCUAUAGGGGUGCUGUACCAGCAACAGAAUCAACCCAUGGAUGCAUUGCAAGCGUACAUUUGCGCCGUACAAUUGGACAAGGGUCAUUCUGCCGCGUGGACGAACCUAGGCAGCUUAUACGAGAGUUGCCAGAUGCCUCGAGACGCGUUUGCUUGUUAUACGAACGGGGGUGCAGUUGCGACCGCGUCGCACUCGGCCCUUCGGCAGCGACUAGCGUUCUUAAGGGCGAACCUCGUGCAUGCCCCUAUGCCAUCUGUCACUGGAAAACGCCGUCAGUUGCCGUCUAUCGAGGAAGCGUGGAACCUCCCUAUAUCAGCGGAGAUGUCAUCCCGAGCGCCCAAGUCUGCGCCGCCACCGUAUCCCGGCAAGCGAGACGACCCGCCGCCACUCACGGCACAACAACUUCAAACUCUUCAACAUCUCCAGCGGAAUGCUCAUAACCUCAUACCCCAGCAACAGGCGUUAAUGAAGCAGUUGCUGGCACAAUAUCACCUGGCUCAGGCGGCGAAAGCGCGUGCGGUGACCAAAAGCGAAGGUAGUACUGCGACCGGCAGCGACAACGCGGAGUCGUUGGCCGAAGAUUUGUUGAAGAGAUUCUCGGACUCGCAGCCCGAUAUAAAGAAGGAGCCUGUUAGCACUGAGAACACCAGUAAUGCAAGUGUUGGUGAUGCAGUACUCGGUGGUCGACAGCCCGUCGUCAAAUUGGAGCCGCUUAAGACCGAUCCUCUCAAACCUGUCAUGUUCCAUAUUGGCAUGACUUCUAAACAGAUACUGGACACUUGCAAAGAGAAUGCGGGUCCGCCGACGUCGUGGUCGGUGCUGGGUGACGGCUGCGGGCCGCCCACGCCGCCCGCCGUGCCGCCGCCGCGCCUCUCCGCCGAGCAGCUGGCGCCGCCCGCGCCCUUCGUCUACGUAGAGUCCAAGCGCGACGCCUUCUCCCCGCAACUCCAAGAUUUCUGCCUCAAGCAUCCGAUAGCUGUCGUCCGCGGCCUCACCGCGGCUCUCAAGCUCGAUCUCGGCCUCUUCUCCACGAAGACCCUGGUGGAGGCGUGGCCCGACCACGCGGUGGAGGUUCGGACUCAGCUGAUGCAGUCCGCCGACGAGAACUGGGACCCGACGGGUCGGAGGCGGGUGUGGGCCUGUGCCUCGCAUCGCUCGCACACAACUGUGCGCAAGUACGCGCAGUAUCAGGCCGGCUCGUUCCAGGAGUCUCUCCGCGAGGAACGCGAGCGCGGCACCGCGCCCGCGCACUCGGCCGGCGCGCUGUCCGACUCUGACGGCCGCGAGUCCGGCUCCGGGCCGGCCAAGCGUCGCCGGGGUGCCCGCAUGCUCCGCUUCGGCACCAACGUCGACCUCUCCGACGAGCGGAAGUGGCGGCAGCAACUCACGGAGCUACAGAAGUUGCCGGCAUUCGCGCGUGUCGCCUCCGCCGCGAACAUGCUCUCGCACGUCGGUCAUGUGAUUCUCGGAAUGAACACGGUCCAACUGUACAUGAAGGUGCCCGGCAGUCGGACGCCCGGCCACCAGGAGAACAACAACUUCUGCUCGAUCAACAUCAACAUCGGUCCCGGUGACUGCGAGUGGUUCGGCGUUCCGGACGCGUACUGGGGUGGUGUUCGUGAACUGUGCGAGCGGCACGGUCUCUCGUACUUACACGGAUCGUGGUGGCCCGACCCCGAGGAGCUACGGGCUCACGGCGUGCCCGUAUAUCGGUUCACGCAGCGGCCCGGCGACCUGGUGUGGGUAAACGCCGGCUGCGUCCACUGGGUACAAGCGACCGGAUGGUGCAACAACAUAGCGUGGAACGUCGGUCCGCUGACUGCGAGGCAGUACACUCUCGCCCUCGAGCGGUACGAGUGGAACAAGGUGCAGAACUUUAAGUCGAUCGUGCCGAUGGUGCACCUUACGUGGAACCUGGCGCGCAACAUCCGCGUGUCGGACCCGCGGCUGCACCGCGCGAUGCGCACGUGCCUGAUGCAGACGUUACGCGCGGCAGCCGGCACACUGGCGGCGGUCCGCGCCCGUAACCUGGCCAUCCGCUUCCACGGCCGCGCCAAGGGCGAGGCGUCUCACUACUGCGGCGUGUGCGAGCGCGAGGUGUGGCACGCGCUGCUGGUGCGCGAGCACGAGCGCCGGCACGUGGUGCACUGCCUGGCGUGCGCGCGCCGCGCCAGCCCCGCGCUGCAGGGCUUUCUCUGCCUGGAGGAGCACCACGUGGACGAGCUGGCGCAGGUGUACGACGCGUUCACGCUGCACCGGCCGGCGCCGCCGCCGCUGGCCGCGCCCCCGCCCCCCGCGCUGGUGCCGACGCCGACGCCGGACUGAGCGUCGCCGCGGCUCGCCGAGAGCUGCCCUCACUGCGUAUUUCGACGCUGGCGACAGGGUCACAGUGACGUCGUAUGUACCUGUAUUUAUUUCGUGUGAGAGUGUAUGAUAGUUUCGAAUGAGAUCUAUAUUUUAAUUAGUGGUCAUCGCUUUAGUUAACUUAUGGAUGUUUUUCUAUCGGCCCGGUCGGUCGCCGUUGUUGUAUAUAAGCGUAGACAUUCGAAGCUAGAUUUUAUGAUUUCAUCACGUUUCCGAUGCAGUAUUAGCCGCUAGCUAGUUGAUCCCGAUCGAGUGUGUGUGUAGUUUUUGACCAAGUUUGAAAAUUGUUAUCGAGUCACGACUAUUUUUAAUACACGAAAUGCGAAUACAAAUUUGUAUUGUGAUGAGAAUAUUUUCGAUGAUAAUAUGUAAUUUUAAUACGACAAGUUUACAGUUUUUAUACUCUUCAAUCACUUUUGUAAUUGUGAGAGAUAAUUAAUUAUUACAUAAAUAAAA